AUGACAUGUGAACUAAUUUUCCGACUGCUUAAGAAAGAAGUGCCCACAAUAUGGAAUGAACAAUGCCAGGAAGCCUUUGAGAAGAUUAAAAAUUAUCUAAUGAAGCCACCACUACUGGUCCCACCAGUACCUGAAAAGCCAUUGUUGUUGUAUCUCACAACUACGGAUAUAGCAAUGGGGGCUUUGCUUGCUCAAUACCUAGAGGAGACUAGAAAAGAGAAUGCAAUCUACUACAUCAACAAGAAGAUGUUACCUUAUGAAGAAAAGUAUUCACCACUUAAGAAGACAUGUGUAGCACUUGUAUGGGCAACCCGCAAACUCAGAUAUUAUAUACUUGCUAACAAGAAAUAUGUGAAGGGGAGAGCAAUUGCUAAUCACUUAACCCAUUGUUCACCAGAAGAAGCUGAAGAAAUCCAAGGGAACUUUUCAGAUGAAGAUAUCAUGGGGAUUGAGGUGGAAUCAUGGAAGAUGUACUUUGAUGGAGCAACUAAUCAAAAUGGAAGUGGUAUUGGAGUUCUCUUAAUUUCUCCAAAAAGGACACACAUCCCAUUUUUUGGUAGGCUUAACUUUCCUGCCACUAAUAAUGCCACUAAAUACGAAGCUUGUAUUAUGGGGUUAUGA